CAUGCCAACACGCAUCUCCAUAUUCCGAUUUCAACACCCAAAUAAGCACACAAUUAUAAAAAAUAGAUAAAGCAAACUACUAAUUACAUUUGAUUACUCCUCAAAACACUAUCACCAUUAUCUCUAACCCCCCUCUGCCAUUUCAACAAACAGUUGGCGUGCAUCUUCUCUUCUUUAUGUGUUGAGAUUAGAAUGAUGGGCAUCAUUUGGGGCUGGAUUGCCGCCGCCCUCCUCCUCCUCUCCGCCGCCUCCGCCGAUCCCAACGACGAGCGCUGCCUCACCCACCUCAGCGAGUCACUGCAGGAUCCCCUCAGAAAUCUCCAGAACUGGACCAAAUCCACCUUCGCCAACCCUUGCCAGGGAUUCACCUCCUUCCUCGAGGGCGCCAUCUGCAACAACGGCCGCAUCUACAAGCUCUCUCUCUCUAACCUCUCUCUCAAGGGCUCCAUUUCCCCCUUCCUCUCCAAUUGCACUAAUCUCCAAGCACUCGACCUCUCCUCCAAUCAGCUCUCCGGCCCCAUCCCGCCCGACCUCCAGUAUCUAGUCAACCUCGCCGUCCUCAAUCUCUCCGCCAAUCACCUCUCCGGCGACAUCCCCCAGCAAUUAGCCCUCUGCGCCUACCUCAACGUCAUCGAUCUCCACGAUAACCAGCUCUCGGGGCUAAUUCCGCAGCAGCUAGGGCUCCUGGUGAGGCUCUCCGUCUUCGAUGUCUCAAACAAUAAAUUAUCCGGUCCGAUUCCGUCGUCGCUGGGGAACCGGAGCGGCAACUUGCCCCGCUUCAAUGCCAGCUCAUACGCCGGGAAUAAAGGCCUCUACGGCUACCCCUUGCCGCCGAUGAAGAGCAGCGGGCUCUCCGUCCUCGCAAUCGUCGGGAUCGGGCUCGGCAGCGGGCUUCUCAGCUUGAUCCUAAGCUUCACCGCCGUCUGCGUUUGGCUGAGAGUGACUGAUAAGAAAUCGGAAAACGAUGAAGGCAAAAUCAGCCAGCUUAUGCCCGAUUACUGAGAUCGCCAUUCAUUAAUUGCUCGGAUUUGAUUGAAUUUUGCAGGUAUGCUUCUUCUUCUUUUUUUUUUGUUUCUUUUUUUUCCCCUUUUUAAAUUGUUAAUGGGGAUUAUUAUUGUAAUUGGGUAGGUUUAGCCAUUGCAUUGUUGCUUCUAUCUUCUCUUCAUCUUGUGAUUCUUUUCCUAUGUUUAAUUAAUCAAGCUUAGUAAUUUUCUAGUACAAAUAUGUAAAGCAAUGAAUGAAUUUUGGAGUUUUCAA